CCCUUCGUGGAGUGUAUGAGUCUGCUGAUGUUUUGUUUCUUCAGUUUUGCUUCAUUGUUAUACUCCACAAAUUAGUGAAAUCAUUUGGUACUUGUCUUUUACUGCCUGGCUUAUUUCACUGAGCGUAAUACCCUAUAGCGCCAUCCAUGUUGUUGCAAAUGGUAGGAUUUGUUUUCUUCUUAUGGCUGAAUAAUACUCCAUUGUAUAUAUGUACCACAUCUUUAUCCAUUCAUAUACUGAUGGACACCAUUUUUAUUACAUUCUUAAAGGUUAGUAUGGGAGAACAGUACUAUUAUCUGUAUGAGUUAACUUUGUAUUAAGGGUUUCUUUGUUUUUUCCUACCUUUUGGGUUCUUUAGUUGCUCACUCUGUCUUUUUGAUAGCAUGGGAUGACAGGAAUAAACCAGAAGUAUAUCCUGCUCUUAGUUACCUUUAAUGUAGUAGGAGAGAUAAGAUUUUUACAUAAAAUAAUAUUAAAUGAGAAUAAUCAGAAGAAAAGUAUAUAUCAUAUACUAUAAGAGUUAGAAGCAGAUUAUCCUCACUUUGCAGGAAUCAAGGAAUGAGUCAGGCAUCUAUCAGCUCUGACAUUUUGGAAUCCUUGGUAUUGAAGGAUUUAUAGAUUCAUGCCUUGGCCCACAUAGUAGCUUGUUUCUUAGAGGCAAUAUGAAUGAAACUCAUUAAGUUUUAAUACAGUAUAAGAUUCAUUAAAUGAUAAGGAAAUAAAAAUAAACCCAAAGGGUAGGAUUUUUAAGACCUUUGUCUCCAGUAUCAUUCUUGUUCUGGGACUGAGGAGCAGUUUAUUCCCAUUCACCAAAGCUUGAUUUUUUUUUUAAUUCUCUUCUUUUGUUCUUAGAAAAGGAAUUGAUGUAGUAAUGAUUUUAGGUAUCAAAUAAUGAAAAUGAAAAAGACUAGUCUCAUUAGAGAUAUUUGUACUUUAAUAAUUGCCUUCAACGUCACUAAAUCUAGAAUGAAUUAAUAUAGUAAUUUCAAAAUGGAUUUUAGGGCUAGUGAAGAAAAUCAGGCCUUCAUGCUUUGUACUCCUUGUUCUUUAAAUCACACCAUCUUGUUUUUUUUUCCUCCUCUUAUGAAAAUUUCUCUCCUUCUGGGACAGUUCGAUUUUCUGAGAUGUACCACCCAGCAAAGGAAACACAUACCCCAUUUACACAUAGCCCCUCCAGUGCAAUUUCUAAAUGCUGCUAUUUUUCCCCCCAGAAUACAUAUUAAAAAAGAAAUCUCCAUCUUAUUGCCUAUUAAACAUAUGGAUAUUAAUUUGGAAGGUGGCUUUCCUCCAUUUCUUUUCAUUUCACUUUAGAAAAGAAAGAUAAUACAUGGAAUUGAACUGGGUAGGGAAAAUGGAUUUAGGUAGUACUGAAGUUCUGUGGGAAAUUGAAUUUAUAAAAAUUGUAAGGUUACAUUUUAUAUUCCUCUGGUGAAGAAAAAGUACUGUGAACUAUCACAUGCUACAUUAAUUCAUGUUGGACUUUUUAUCUUUUGGCUGAAUCUUAAGUGAUAUAGUUAGCAUUUCUGAUAGAUUGAAAUGACAAAUUUUCCAGGUCAGGUGUCUAUGAUUCAGAAGUAGUGUUUUAAGUAUGAUAUUGAGUGCAUAUAUGUAUAUUAGCAGGUUCAAUCAAUUACAAUUUAAACAAUGUUUUGACAUUAUCUUCAGAAACUAGAUCUGCCUUGCCUCCAAGCCACAGGUUCAGCUUCAGCUACCAGCUGCUUCCAUCUGGCUAAAGUGUGGGCAUCUGAAGUAGAACCUUCUCAAAGACAUUGCUAUUGACACUGGGCAAAUCUCAGCUUCUCUUCCUGACUGCUCUAUGCAAACUCCCCUUGGAAGCACCUUGGAUCACCAUUACUAGGUCUGUUUCAUGCUGUUUUUAUGUCCAGCAUGUCAGGCCCUCUCCAGUUUUUACACCACUUAGAUCCAGGAAGGCUUGCUACUGGCCAAAGCAAAGGGCUGCAUGAGGUUACACCAUCAAAAAUUAGGCAUCUAUCAGCUCCCACAUCUUGGAAAAAUUGUCCAGUGGCCUGUUUAGAUCCACCUUUCCAAGUGGUUCUCACCAGGAACCCAAUGACGUACAGCAAAGGGACAAUUGACCCAGCCCAUCCUGACCUUGGUGGUUUCUUGGUGAAAAACAAGAACCUUUUAGCUGAUCUAAGAAAUCUUCAAAACAAACUUUUCAUAAAAGAAACUUCAUUGCAAGAGAUGAAAAGUGAACUAAAAAAUUACAAAGAAAAUAACGUGCAGCAAUUGUUCCGGAUAAUGUACCUGAAAGAUAAUAUCAAGGACCUAGAGGAACUUAUUGCUUCUCUAACCAGAAUUAAAUCUUUGAAAAACACCAAUAUUCAGAGUCUUAAAAGGGGCAACUGGAAUCUAACUGAAAGAAUUAGAGGACUAGAAAAUCGCUUAAGGUCCUUGGAGCAGCUUCUGGUUUUAUUUCCUGAGCCACCGUGGGUGGGGCAGCUGUCGCAGAGCCCAGAGCCCUGCGAAGAGGGGCAGGCGUGCCAGGUGUGCUCUCCUGCGAGAACAGCGACCCUUGGAGCCCUGUUCUGGCUUCCUCCAUGCGCGCUGGCACAGCCUCUGAAUCUGGCCCGGGCGGCCGUGGAGGAGGAAAACUCCAGGACUAAGAAUUCCCAGACAGACAAGCACAGCAAGAUGUUUAAACAGCUGGAGAAGGACCACAAGCAACAGGCAUUACUAAAUGUUCAACAGAAUCUACAGUUUGCUACAACUCAAAGAUUAGAGGAAAAAAUUCAGAAAUUUCAAAAACAGCUCAGUGAUUUGAAACUAGCAAAUAAAAAUAUGAAAACUCUACUGACAAGAGUAAAUGUCCUUAAAGACAAAACAUUUGAAAAGCUCAGGCAAUCUCUAACAAAAGCUGAAGCAUUGAAAGGGAAGACUGUUAUGAAAACAGACAACUUGAAAACUACAUUAAUCUCUGCUGAGCAAGUGGCAAGAUGGGACAAAGAGAGGGCCCAUCAGAUGUUACAUGCUGUCACUCCUGAGCUCAGCACAGCAAAGAGCACACUUGAAAAAGCAUCAGGACAACAAGAGCUUGUUGACUUUCGAGAAACUAUUAUGAAGAUGUUGGGAUUUAACGUAAAAACAUCAGACAAGGAAAUCAUUACUCACCUAAGGCUUAUUAUAAAAGCUUAUGAAGCAUCUAAAAAAUCAAAGAUUGCUUCUGAAUGUGGGACUGGACAGGAUAAUGAAUAGAAAAUUUCUGCCUUUUAAUUACUACCAACAAGGACUUCAAAUAUGUGG